AUGUCCGGGUUCAAAAUUGUCCAGACUCUAGAAAAGGGUUCAAACAGAUUAUUUAUAAUUCCAAGUAAAUGGGAACACGGAGGUUUACUUCGCUAUCCUAAAAAACCCAUUGAAUACAAAUUAGCAAAAAAUGAAAAUUCAAAGCCGCGGGACGAAUGGCCAAUUAUGUCGUGCAAGGUGAAGCGUAUUGGCUUACUUACCUAUGCAGAUGCCGAGGAAGAGCUAAAUAUUAUGUUGCAAAACAGCGACACAGAUGUCGGCGGUCAUGAAGACCAACGACUUUACACUAUUACAACAGCAGCGCCGCCGCCGACAUCUAACAUUAGUACGAAUUAUAAUGAUAUGGCGAGUCACCUAAUGCUUCAAGCACAAGUUGAUGUAUGUCCGACAACGACGAAAUCAUCUACAGCAAUAUUAGCACCGCAAGCAGAUCAAGAACAGUAUUUUUAUGUAAAUAAUAUAGCAACAACUGAAAUUAUACCACCUCCUUCAUCUCAUGAUCAAUUUGAUAUAAUGCAGAAACUCGAUACUAUACUUACAAACCAAAACGACAUAAAAGAAAUCCAAAAAAGAUUCGCGCAAAGACUGGGCAAUUUUGUUUUAGAAAUGGAAACUAAAGUAGAAGAAGUCAUCAAAAGAACUUUGAAUCAUACCAUCAAUCGAACUGUUACUUCUUUAGAUGAGGCAAAAGCAAGUCCUUAUGAGAAUAGUGCAUUUAAAUUAAAGCCUAUAAAUAAUAUUGAGGAACUUGAAGAGUUUGAAUUAUUAUUAUUAGAUCCAAUUGAAAAACAUAAACUCAUGCAGUUGCUUUCAAUCCUGUGCACGAAAUCAGAUGGAAAUGGUAUAACAUGCGCAUAUAAAUUAAUUGAUAUUAUUUUUACUAGAGAGUUCUUGUGUAAAUGUUCGUGGUCGGGUGGCAGUAGGGGUGACAAAAUAAAAAUAGCAUUGAAAGGUUACAAGAAUUUACUUGAUUUCUUCUUCAGGAUGAUUUUAUCAUGGGACAAAAGUUUUACAACCGAUAAAAAUGAAAAUUUUUUCAAGUUAGUACUAAGAAAUGCCGAACAAAGGAAAAACAUCAAAAACUUGCGAAAACCUGCAAUGAGAACACGUAAAUCAAAAACGCAAACGAAUAAAGAGGAGACGGUAACUAGUAAUGAAAAAAAGGAUGAGCAAGUAGUUGAGAAUGAAUCGGCUGUAGUAAAUGCAGAGAAAGAGAAAGAUUUAGAGGAGAUGGAGAAAGACUCAGAAAAAGAGGUGCAGAAAGACUUAGAGGAAGGGGUAGAAAAAAACUUAGACGAAGAGGUGGAGAAAAACUUAGACGAAGAGGUACAGAAAAACUUAGAGGAAGAGGUGCAGAAAGACUUAGAGGAAGAGGUGCAGAAAGACUUAGAGGAAGAGGUGGAGAGAGACUUGGAGGAAGUAGUGGAAAAGAAAAGAAAAAAAUAA